CACCCGGCAUGGGCCGGUCGCUACGACCUGCGCUCGAACGAGUUCACGCCCAUGGACCUCAUUUCAAACGCUUUCUGCGCGGCAGGGAAUGUCCUCGGCAACGGCUCGUGGGUCAACGUCGGCGGCAAUGCGCGCGUCACGACGCUCGGCGUCGGCGUCGCCGAGAACGCGCCCAACCCGUACGGCUCGCAGGACGGCGGCAAGGCCGUGCGCAUGUUCACGCCCUGCGGCGACGGCGAGGGCCCGUGGACCGACGACGUCAACGCCAUGCCGACGGCGAGUCGCUGGUACCCGACAGUCGAGACGCUCCCGACGGGCGACGCAAUCAUCAUCGGCGGCGAGCUGUACGGCAGCUUCGUCAACACGCCUCAAGGCCUGCAGAACGUCCCGACCGUCGAGUACUGGCCGUCGAGGGGCGCGCCCGUCAACAUCGCGUUCCUGAACGAGACGAUGCCGGUCAACCUUUACCCUCUGACGUGGCUCAUGAGCGACGGCCGUCUCUUCCUUCAAGCCGGCUGGCAGACGACCCUGCUCGACUACGACAACAACAUCGAGACGCGCCUGCCCAACAUGACACACGCUCAGCGUCCCUACCCGGCCGGCGCCGGCACCGCCAUGCUGCCCAUGGUCCCGCACAACAACUACGUUCAGACGAUCAUCUUUGCCGGCGGCAUGACGCCCGAGCGCGACGAUUGGAACCAGAACGAGUGGAACAUCGUCGACACGCCGACAUCUACGUCCUUGGUCGCCAUCUCGCCUCUCGAGGACUCGCCGACCUACGCCGACCUCGACGACCUGCCCGAGCCGAGGUCGAUGGGGAACCUCAUCGUCCUUCCCGACAAGAGGGUCCUCCUGCUCAACGGCGCGGGCAAGGGCUCCGAGGGUUACGGCUGGGACGCCUUUGCGCAGCCGUACGGGCAGAGUUACGCCCAAGAGCCUGUCCUCCGCCCCGCCUACCUUAACGUCUCGCAGCCGCCUGGGUCGAUGUGGGACACGUCGCUGCCUGCCUCGACGAGCCCGCGCAUGUACCAUUCUGUCGCGACCCUCCUCAACGACGGAUCCAUCUGGGUCGGCGGCUCGAACCCGAACGUCGACGUGAUCACGCCCGAGAACAACGCGAGCUACCCCUUCAAGACCGAGUUUCGCGUCGAGCGCUUUUUCCCUAGCUACUUCGACGCCCCUCGGCCCGAGCCGACCGGCCUCCCUUCGACGAUCACGUACGGCGGCGCGCCCUUCGACCUCGACCUCCCUGCGUCGUCCCUCGGCGACGCCAACCUCGACAGCGACAUCAGCAUCAUGCUCAUGCGCUUCGGCUUCUCGACGCACGUCAUGAACAUGGGCGCUCGUGCUCUCGAGCUCGAGCACUCGUACUCGCUCGGCAACGACGGCGCUGUCAAGCUGCACAUCGCUCAGCUGCCGCCCAACCCGGCGCUUUUCGUUCCCGGUCCUGCCGUUCUCUUCGUCGUCGUCGACGGCAUCCCCUCGAUCGGGCACGACCUCAUGGUCGGCAACGGCCAACUCGGCACGCAGCCCACCUCGCCCGUCGUCGCUCUUCCCGCCUCGACUCGUCAGCAGGUCGCCACCGUCGCCGGCGAUGGCUCGUCGUCGUCGUCGUCGUCGCGGCGCGUCUCGGCGAGCAGGGCGUGGGUUGGCUGGGUCGGCGUCGUCGCAGGCGGGUUCGCCCUCGGCGUCGAUUUCUAG